UACCUGAAUGGUAGAACAGCUAUCACAUACUUCAGGUUUGAAGUAAUUCAUUUGCUUGAUGGUACUUGUUUCUAGCACUUUUAGCAAUGGGAAAUGCAUCCGUGAGAUAGCUGCUUUAUUAUUCACUGAAUAAAAACUUUAAAAAAGGAACAGAGAACCAAUAGUUUCUAUUUCCAUGAAAUAACUUAUUUUAUUAGAGACAAUAUGCCAGUGGAAGUCAUAAAGACCCCUGAAGGAUUCAUGGCCUGUGAAGAUAAGCUGGGUAUGGAGGCCAUUCCAGGCACUGUCCACCUGGAGAAGGAUAGUCAGAACCUCGUGGGCAUCAGUAUCGGUGGAGGGGCGCCACUCUGCCCCUGUUUGUACAUCGUACAGGUGUUUGACAACACCCCUGCUGCUAAGAGCAAGCUCCUCAACGCUGGAGACGAGAUAGUAGGGGUCAACAAGAAGUCUGUGAAGGGAAGAACUAAAGUGGAAGUGGCUCGGAUGAUCCAAGCUCUCAAGGGUGAGGUGAUAAUCAGCUAUAACAGCCUGAAAGCAGACACCAAGGAAGGGAAAGGAUUGGACAUUGCUCUCAAGAAAGCCAAACAUCGGAUGGUGGAGAACAUGAGUUCUUCAACAGCGGAUGCCCUUGGUCUCAGUAGAGCUAUUCUCUGUAACGAUGUAUUGAUUAAGCGACUGGAUGAGCUGAAUAAGACAUCCCGUCUUUACAAAGGACUGAUGGACCACACCAAGAAACUGCUCAAGAUCUUCUAUGAAAUGUCCAACACCCACAGAGCAUUUGGCGAUAUCUUUUGCCUGAUUGGCACAAGGGAGAUUCAGCCGAAAGCUAGCGAGGCCUUCACAAAGUUUGGAGAUGCUCAUCGAAACAUGGAGAAGUUUGGCAUCAGAUUGCUGAGAACGGUCAAACCUAUGCUAUCAGAUCUUGGGACAUUCCUAACGAAAGCCAUUCCAGACACCAAGCUCACCAUUAAGAAGUAUGCCGAUGCUAAAUUUGAAUACCUGUCGUACUGUUUGAAAGUAAAAGAGAUGGAUGAUGAGGAGUAUGCGUAUGCUACACUAGGAGAACCUCUUUACAGAGUGGAAACAGGAAACUAUGAGUACAGGUUGAUAUUGCGAUGCCGGCAAGAAGCAAGGGCAAGAUUCGCUAAGUUAAGAUCAGAUGUGAUGGUUAAAAUGGAAUUAUUGGAUCAGAAACAUGUUCAAGACAUAGUUUUCCAGCUCCACCGUCUGGUGUCUGCCAUGACCCAGUACCUCCAGGAUUGUCACCAGCAGAUGAAGAACACCGACCUCUUCCCUAUCGAGGUCGAUCUCCUCAGGACGACCAUCAAUUACGACAGGUCCGAUCAGUUCAACGAUGGCUUCGAUGAUGAAGAGGAUGAGGAGGAGGAGGACGACGAGGAGCAUGAGAAUAACAGGAGCGGAGGUGGAGGAGGGAGUCUGAUGGAGGGUAACCUUAUUGAUACAUCGUAGGAUGGGUUGAUAACAAUGGUGGUUGCUACCAGUUGAUCUACAAACAGUUACUCUACUUCUUAGAUAGUCUAAUACCACAUGGAAUGAAACCCAUUGGCCUGUAUUCUUAACUCGGGUUCAAAGUUGUGGUGUAACUAUGAAUAGCCAGUUGUAACAAAAUUCCCUAAUGGUGAGGU